GCUAGCCUUGCCCACAGCAAAACUGGUACCCUUUACGUAGAAGUGCAUUUACGAUAGUUUUACGAUACACGGUCAACCUAUCGGUUGCUGGAGUUGUGCAACAAGGUCGAGAGGAAACGAGAUGGGGCUGUUCUCCGCUUGACGACAACGCUAAAUACUGCGUCGGACGGCAAAUCAUGAACAUGUGAAUGAGGGCGCAUCGUGCGGUGCCUGGUUGAUCUACGGUGGAUUUAUUUCGGGAUCAACCCAGCCAACCAAUGUACCCCAAUCCCGGGUACUGCCAAGUGGAGUGCUACAGUAAUCAAUACAUCAAAACGGGGCAUGAACUGCCAAGCGCGUGAUAUCACACGACCAAGGACGGCACGCUGAUGGCCAUUGUUUGGAUUACGUAAAAAAUCACUCUCAAUUGUACGAGCUCAACGGACAGCUGAGGCCGCCAAUUGCUACCCCAAACAAGCCCUACCGCCCCAUCCAACCGUGUUUCUUGGCCAGCGAUUGAAAGGUUGUUUUUGAAUUCGCUAGUCUGGCUUCUAGCGCUCGACUACUGUUUGUUUUGAGAGCUGAUUGCUGGCAAAGGACAGUGCGAAUCCGCGUCGCCCAGCUGGCGCGAUUGUGUGAACAGUGCGCUAAACGCUAUCGUCGUGCCGUCGGUAGGAGUGGGACAGUAAAAUCGUGAACUGAGUGAGUGCACAUUAUAACGGCCUCCCAUCGAACGGCGCGCGAGUAACGCGAAUGAAAAGCGUCACGGGACGGGUCGCGUGUGAGUGAGGUGUGCGUACGGGCCGCGUAUUCGGCCGUCGGGGGAAUUAAAAUAAAUCGUGAAAGUACGCGAAACCGAAUGCUGUACUUUCGUGUGUUUUUAUUUUCAUCGUUUGAAGCCCUGGUAAGAAACCAGCGCCACCGCGUGGAACAUGAGAAUGAAUUCCUCGCUUAAGCGGUUAGGCCCGUGUUGGCUGAGUAGUGUUGGUGGUGGAUCGUUGCUCGGGUUACUUGCUGGCAGUCGUUCGGAGGCCAUCGUCACGGCAAGCACGAUCGUCACGUCGUUAGCACGCGAGCCAGGGCGGGAAUCGUCGAGCCAAAAGUAUUCGCUGCCAAAUUUCUCCCGCGAACCGCGCAAGUGUCAAGAGAACUGUCAAACGGUCGGCGCCUCUUUGUGUCAGCCGUUGUCCGGCCGCACGCAGUGCGCAUUAAAUACGCAACCGAACGGUGCCGGGUUUUCGUCCAUCUUGAAACGGUGCUUCUCCCGGUAUUCGGCCACACGCAUCAUGACCGGUGCGGACACGUUCAGUUUUGCGGAGUACGAUUGCGUCGGGUUCGACCUUGACAACACGUUGCUACAGUACCGCAUCGGCAACAUGAUCGAGCUUGAGUAUGACAUUGUGGCACGGUUCUUGGUCGAACAGCGUGGAUACUCCGGGCGCCUUUUACUACAGCCAAUCGAUAAGGACUUCCUGCAGCGCGGCCUAAUCAUCGACUUCGCUCGGGGCAACAUUUUGAAGCUCGAUCCGGACGCUGUCAUUCGCCAGGCCACACACGGCACGAAACGAAUGGCAGACGAGGAGAUCAGGGCUUACUAUGGCGACGAGCGGCGCUGGGAAGUGACGAACGAAUAUUGCCGCAACAUGCUCGUGGCAUGGAAUGGGCCCCUAUCGGAGCAGAUACGCACGGUGCUGGAUUAUUUCGAUAUCGGCGCAGCGCUACUGUUUGGGCGCAUCAUCGACACCCUGGAUGAGGAUGCUCAUGAGCGGAUCGGUCACUACAACGUGUGGCCAGACAUACUCGAUGGCUUGGUGUACAUGUACUCACGCGAUCACUUUGGCUCCAACGUCGGUGGAUAUUUCGAAGCACUAAAGGCCAAUCCGGACCACUAUAUGCAGAAAGCUUCGCCGGCCCUGCUGGGGUGGUUACGGGAGUUGAAGAAGCGCAAAACGACCUUCUUGGUGACGGGUUCGCACAUCGAUUUCGCCAACUUUACCGCCUCGUACGCCUUUGGGCCGGAUUGGCCCGAACUGUUCGACGUGAUCGUUGGAUUCGCCAAGAAGCCGGGCUUUUUCACGGCGGCCAAACCAUUCGUGCGCCUCGAGGGCCAUAGCGAAACGGAACCGGUAACGGCCGGACAACUCGAACGGUACGGAGUGUACACGCAGGGCAACUGGCGAGAUUUGACCGUUCUGUUGGGGAAAAUUGCUCGCCCCACUGCCGGAGCGGCGCUCCGGAUGCUGUACGUCGGCGACAACCUUAUCCAGGACGUAUACACACCGUCGAAGUACACCACGGCCGACACGGUGGCGAUCGUGGAAGAGAUGGCCGCGGAAGGGAUGCGGGACUGCGAGGACGCACAUCCGGAUGCGGCAUACAUCGUGUCGAAGUUCUGGGGAUCGUAUUUUACGACUCGAUCGGGACCGGGAACGGAGGACGCCUCGCUGUGGGCAUCGUUGAUCAAGCAGCACGCCAAAAUCUGUGUCCCAUCGAUGGACGAGGUCGCUAAGUAUCCGCUCGAUCACUGUUACAACUGCUUUACGGAAAACGUCACCUGCAACGGUUACUAUCCGGCCGAGCCGCUCAAGUUGGUCAAUAAUUAGUGGAGGUGGUGCUACUUUGCACUCAACUGCGGGCUUCAGUAUGGUAUUCCGUUCAUUUUUGAAGUAUUUGCAUUCGUUUCGUUUUGAUGCUGCGCCCGGUAUAAGUGUUCCUGCUGCAUAGCUCCACUACAAAGUAUUUUCGUAUUGACGUAUCUUGUCAACAUUGGUCCCUGGUAUUCAACGAUAACAACGGUCGGCCUGUUCUUCGAGAGGAAAUUCUCAACGACCGCUGAAUGCCGUGUGUUUCAUGGGUUGAAGAUAACAAAGCGGACAUCUUCGCAAACAAACCUCUCGCGCAACAAAUUGGAACAACUUAGUGAAGCAAGUAUUCUAAUGACAGAGCCGGCCAAACUAACAACCACCACGGGCUGGUGCAGAGAUUAGUGCGAUAAUGGAUGUACGCGUACCCGCCUGUGCGCUCGUUGAGAUAAUUUAAACAUUGAUCAUAAAUCUGUGGUAAACCUUCAGUGGAAAGGUUAGCCCCGUACCCCAGUGUCAUCGAUCACUUCGGGGCCUAGCGCUGAAAAAUUGUUUUGUUUUUAGUUGUCUUAUUCCUCGUGAGUUAUUUUAGUUCAGCAACCGCGCGAUGGUUGACCAUCGUGAAAUGUUGUUUGCUUCUAUCAAGUAAAAUAGCGAAGGAUACAUUGCUCCUCUCGGUGAAAAUAGGAAAAAGAGAAAAGAAACACUUCUCUCGUGUUGGCAAUUACCUUGAUUCGGUUUAAUUUAUUUUGCAUUGUAAAGAAAAGCGGCGUAUAAGUGACCACCACUUGGACAGCCCCGUAUUCAGACGAGGGAAGAAUAAAAACCUGUGACCGCUAACGAUGCACAAAGUGCCGCCUUCCUCUCAACAUCGGGUUCGAUUGAAUUGACCUUUUGUAUGCUAUUUUCCACUUAACUUACGUUUACUUUAAUACGUACAAAGCCAAAAGCCAUACAGCCAACCUUUCGCAAACUGCUAUGAACAGCCAAGCUGAUAAUGAUUAAGCAAAUGUGUUAGGAUUUAAGGCGUUAUAAACGAAACAUAAGUAAUGGUAAUGCAGGCGGCAAUAGUAGAACCUACUGUAACGAUUAUGGUGUGAGCCCAAAAGUAACCAACCGCUGUUAUUUUUAAUUGCAGAAUUUUAAAUACAGGCAUCAUAAGUGUUUUACUCGUUGUGAGAGUUAUUAGCUUGUAUCCGUUGUUAUGUUGGCUUCGGCAGCCAUUUGAAUUAAACUGUUGAAAAUUAUUGUUGUAACCUUAGGAAAGAAUUAUGGCUAGAGUUCGUGGCUAGAAUUUCGCAUACUGUUGACUUUCGCUUUCGAGGUCGUAAUUUAAAAACUUGUUUAGUGCUAUGAAACUAUUACGCAAUUCUUAAUCUAAUAAGAUGCCUACAAUAGAUACAAAUGAAUGUAAAACAAGAACAAAUGUUCUCUAUAACAAUGUCGUUUGGAAGUCAACCAAUACAAUAA